UGAAAUGGAUGGAACCAAAGUUUAAAAUGGCUUUGGGUAGCAUGAGUUUUGGGGCAUGGACAUGAGCAAUAUUUAUAAUUAUUUAUAAAUUAUUAUUAUUAUUCAUGAUGAGUAUUUCCUUCAGUUUGUUAACUUAUCUGUUAUAUCAGUUACUCCCGAUGACAUGAGCGAUAUACGUCGCAGAGAAGUUUGUGCUUAAGCUUAAAUUUUUACUACUUAUAAUAACAUACAUCUCCGUCAGUUUUUCAAUCAUCUGCCAGGGGGCGCACCAGCCAAUUUAUAUAUUUUCUGAUGAUAAAAACAAAACAAAAACUAUAGCAAACACAAGAUUUUUUUAUGUCUACAUUCUGGGGCACAGAAUAAAAUGGGAGUUUAACACAGAGUUCAAAUGAAAAAAAAAACUUAACAGCAAAACGUUUUUCUUCAGAACCAAACGUGAAACUUGAAAUGUGCAAAUCCAGUAUUUUAUUUGAUUGUAUUAUUUUUAAAUUGAUACGUUUUAGAUGUACCAUCUCUACCUGGAGUUAAAAUUAAAUAUGUUUAUGGUAAAAUAGAGCUUUAUGACACGUCAGUGUUGUGCGCGUGCAUCAGGGUGGGCGGAGCUCAGCUGUCUGUCAAAUGUGAGUUUGCGUUCGCGCGCGUGCACCCGCCUCUGCUGCUCUGAUCAUCAUCACCAUCAGUGUAAAGUGCGCGCACACACACACACUGGUGUGUAACAGCUGUUUGUGUAUUUCACUGGGAAACAUGUUCACGUUUUUUAGCACAUACAUUAUAGUUUAUUUAUUUAUAAUCACACACGCACGCGCAUAUCUGGAUAUUUAAACUCGAGCUUCCGCACCGGAGCGCGCCUGCGGAAAACUAGCUACGUGAACAUAUGUUUGAUCAUCGGACCAGUCUGAUCUGAAUCACGGACACGACACGGGAGAUUCGGUUAAGGCAAGAGACAUCCCGACACCGCCCGCGUAUUUCAUGCGCGUUUCUGUUUGGUGCGCUUCAUCAUCAUCACGCACGCGACGCGCGUCCGUCUAUUAUCACCUGCCGCUGGAGAAAUACAACUUCACCGAGUCUGACAAACAUCAUCGAAACUCUUUUAUCAACAGCUUCGAUUCCUUUUUUCUCCGGGAGCGGCGGCAGCAGGUUCGAGGAGAGGAUGUCCGGGGAAGCGGUUCUGAUACCGGAUGAUCGAGCCUUCAGCAGCUUCAAAGAGGAGUGUCAGUCAGAGGAAGGCUGGAAUUACACCUACAACAAAAACAACAUCAGCGUCCUGAUCCAAGGGCUGGAGGAGGACAAGAGUUUACACAAGAUAAAGUGUCGGAUGCAGUGUAAAGAUAUUCCUGCAGAAACCAUGUAUGACGUGCUUCAUGACAUCGAGUAUCGCCGGAAAUGGGACGCUAAUGUCAUCGAGACGUUUGACAUUGGCAAACUGACGGUUAAUGCAGAUGUGGGAUAUUACUCCUGGAAGUGUCCUAAACCAUUGAAGAAUCGUGAUGUCAUCACACUUCGCUCUUGGUUGCCGAUGGGGAACGACUACAUCAUCAUGAAUUACUCUGUCAAACACGUUAAAUACCCUCCAAAGAAAGAUCUGGUGCGGGCCGUCUCUAUUCAGACCGGAUACCUGAUCCAGCGCACUGGACCCACCAGCUGCACCCUAACUUACCUGGCACAGGUUGAUCCCAGAGGUUCUCUACCUAAAUGGGUUGUUAACAAGUCUUCCCAGUUCCUGGCACCCAAAGCGAUGAAGCGUAUCAGUAAAGCGUGUCUUCGGUACCCCGAGUGGAAACAGAAGCACAACCCGGCGUUCAAGCCGUGGUUAUACCCGGAGCAGAACCCUCUGUCCAGCAUCGCUCAGGGUGAGCUCUCCAUACAGCACGCCGAAUCUCUGGAGAACAUCGACGAGAGCUCGCUGAGGGAGAGCAAAGAUGAGCGCGCUGAACACAGCGAUGAAGAGGGACCCCACUGAAACACACACACACACACUUCAUUAGAAAACCCUUCAAAACACAAACAUACACACACAUCAAUGAUCAAUUCUGUGCUCACUUCCAGAUUUAAUCAUGUAUGCAGACACAAAUAAAAGAGUUUGUGAAGGGAUUUAUUUCAGCCGGCUCUUGCUUGAUGGAUUGAGUCCUGAUCUUAUGUAGCAUGCAGUUUGUCUCCAGACACAGAGAGGGCGCCUGUAGAAUCAUUGAGUUGAUCUGUUGAAGGACGUCACAGUUUCACGAAUGAUGAAAUGAAUGUAGAAAUUAAAAUCAAAUAAAAAACCGCCUGGUUUUGGA